UUGGAUUAAAGUAUGUGAAGAAUUUUGGACAACUUGGAACCUACCAAACUGUUGUGGUGCAGUUGACGGGAAGCACGUACAAAUACAAGCUCCGCCAAAUUCUGGGAGCUUGUACUUCAACUACAAAAAAACUUUCAGUAUAAUAUUAAUGGCGGCAUGUGAUCACAAUUAUAAAUUUACAGUAGUAGAUGUUGGAGCAUAUGGCAGCAACAGUGAUGGCGGAGUUUUGUCAAGAUCGGAGUUUGGCAAAGCUCUACACAAUGGUAAUCUGAAUUUACCAAAAGGUGAAGCCAAUUUGCCUGGAAGUAGAACAAGGACGCCAUGUUUCUUCGUUGGAGAUGAGGCAUUUCAACUAACACAAAAUGUGAUGAGGCCAUAUCCAGGUCGCAAUUUAAAUGUAAAAAAGAAAAUCUUUAAUUAUAGAUUAUCACGAGCUAGGAGGGUUAUAGAGAAUACAUUCGGGAUUCUUGUCUCACGCUGGAGAAUUUUAAGAAAAUCUAUUACUUUACAUCCUGAAAAUGUCGACAAGAUCAUAUUAGCAACGAUAUGUCUCCACAAUUUUUUAAAAACUGUGAACGAUUUGAGGCCAGCAGAACACAGAAUUUAUUGUCCUCCCAAUUUCGUCGAUACUGAGCAAGAGGAUGGCACUAUUAUUAGUGGAGGCUGGAGAAGUGAAUGUUCUACAAGUAACGUAGUAGAAAUUGAACGUAUUAGAGCAAUCAAUGCUCGUCGUUCAACCACACUGGCAUACAAGCAACGAGAUGAAAUAGCAGAUUAUUUGCUAACUCCUGAGGGUGAAGUUUUAUGGCAAUACGAGUACAUUAAUAGAGGUUUCAACAGUCCAGAUUUCCAUUGAGCCAAGAAGUUACUUUUAUUCGCAUUUGUUAAAAGAUUAAUUACUUUUAUUUGGAAUUUUUUAUUGUAUACAUUUCUAUGACGUUUA